CUCGCCGUCGCCUCGCCUUCAACCGCUCCCUCCCCGAAACCCUACACCCCUAGCGGCGGCUAAGCUUCCGCUAGAACCUUCCGCCGCCGCCGCCAUGGCCUCCUCCCACUCCAGCAUCGACGCCGCUCUCAAGAGCGAAGGCGAAACCCCCAAAUGUUGUUCUCAAGGAAGAGACCCCAAAUCCGAGACUUCACGAAAUCAGUGGGGCGAGUGGCCCGAUUUGGUGUCUCGUCUGUGCAAAACUAGCAAAGAAGAAGGGCCUGCGGGGAGCCAAGGACGCGAAUGGGGAAACCAUGCUUCAUUUCCCUUCGAGCCAGGGCUGCCGGGUGAGCUGCCGGUUCCUGUUGGAGGAGGCGGGGCUUGAUGUCAACUCGGAGUCAAAGACAGGUGUGGCACCCAUGUUCUUCUUCGCCGCACUCCAGGGGAAUGUCCAGGUUACGGGGUACUUUCUUGAUCACGGCGGUGACCCUGCCAUGCCUGACGAGAGGGGCUCCACACCGCUGCACAAUGCAGCAGCGGCAGGGCACUGCGAGACUGUAAGGCUAUUGCUGUCGAAAGGAGUUAAUCUGAAUCCUAUCCAUUACCAAGGGACACCAUUACACUUGGCUGCUGUGGAGGACCAAGAUCAGGUUGUAAUGGUUCUGCUGGAGCAUGGGGCUGAUCCCAAUAAAGCUGUUCAUCACGUAUUUUCAUACCUCAUGAUGACUGUCUGUGGGAAGUCCUUGAAAUGCAUGAGGCAACUUAUUGAGACUGGUGCCGAUGUGAACGCUCGUGAUUACUCUGGGCCAACUCCUUUUACGGAGGUUGUUGCUGAUGGCUUAACCGACUUUGUCAAGGUCUUGCUAGAUGCUGGAGCCAACCCUAACAUCCCUAACCAGCAUGGAGCAAUACCUAUCGAGCUAGCAGCAGAUAGUGAUCGACACAAGCUUGUUCAAAUUCUAUUCCCUAGGACAAAACCAAUUAAAUCUCUGCCAGAUUGGAGUGUUGAUGGGAUAAUUAAAACUGGGAAUUCUCCAAAAAUCAAUGCUCCUCCGAUUGGUAAUGCAGGGUUAGAUGUUCCACGAGCUGCAGGCCAAACCAUGAAAGCAAUUAUGGAACUACUGAGAGUUUGUACUAUGUACCCGUUGCUGGUCUUUUUGCUUGCCAUCCUUCUAUUAUCUACUGGGGUGCAUUCCAUCAGACAUGAUACAAGUUUCAGUGAGGGCACUUGUCGAUAUGACAUGAUCAGUCUUGCAGUCCUCUCAUGCAUGCAACCGGACAAGUCAUGGAAGUCACCCUCAGUCUCAUGCUGCAAAGCACUGAUACAUGCAAUUGACGAGUUGCCGGCUAGCGGUGAGAAUGGAAAGUGUUGUUUAUGCCGUUUCAUGAGGGCAAAGCUUCAUUAUCCUGAAUUGGCAGCAACAUAUAUCUCUUGCCAUGGAAAGGACAGAGCUGUUGUUGCAAAAUGGUCGUUUCCUGUCGUGGUAUGCGGCAAAGCUUGUUCACGAAAAGAGAUUGCCCCUCCUUGUAAGGAGACCGUCAUGGAGAGGCCUCCGUCAAAUUCACAUGGCAGCAAGAUCCUUUUUAUCUUGUUUGCAGCUGUCUUCAUCAUUCUAUUGAUCUUCAUCUUGUACCUCUGGUGGGUCAGGCGGGCUGCCCCAGGGCGACGCGAAUCUCUACCGUUAAUGCCAAUUCAAAAGCAGGCCAGAUCAUCUCCCGGGAGUGGCGGCCGCCGACAAUCCUUUGGGCGGCUGAAGGAGCGUCGGCCAUCUGGAUAGUGAAGCACUUAUUCUUGAAAAAAACCUUGAUCGUCAACGGGUUCAGACUUGCUGUUGUCUUCCUGCUAGUGCAGCACAUAGCUGUUUUCUCUCUGAAGGCUUGUUUAGGGAUCAUACUGGUACUUUCUUAACGUGCUGCAAGUGACUGGUUGCAUCGUUACAUACAGAGCCAAAAUAUUUUCACAGAAUUUUUUUCCUACUGUUAGGUCCAUUGUAUUGGAUUGCUGUUGGCAAAACUUCUAGUGUCAAAUGUAUUAGUAUAGUUUGGAAAUGUCGUCGUCUCAUGCUGAUUGUUUCAUCGCCAUGUCACUGGACAGUUACAGUGUUAGUGAAGUCUGCAUGUAUAAAUUUCUCGUUUGCAAAGUAAAAGGACAUCGUAAAGAA